UUUAACGAAUGUCGUUGUAAUUGUAAAAUUCAGACGAUAAAGUGCUCCAGCAAUUUAUAAUUAUUCUGAUAAAUUGAAUUGUCAAAUCAUUUAUGCGUAUAAAAUUGUGCAUUCGUAAUAAUCGUUCAUUUAAUUUUAUAAGAGAUCUAAUCCAUAAUAAACGAAUGAUAAUUGGACGAUAAUGUUAGCCUUUAAUGUAUCGAACAAUUAUUGAAUAAGCUAAUGCAUCAAAUAAUAACUUUAACAUGAAUUGACAAAAACUUAAAAAAUGGCAAAUUUAAUAAGUCAAGACAAUGAUAAUCCACUUCAAGAAUGGGCUCCGCUUACUACCCUAUUAGAAAAAAUUCCUGAUAAAUAUAAAAUUGGUCUUUUCAAUCGAGAUAUAAAUUUUACUUGCAUCGAUGUUAUAACAAAAUUCAUUGCUGUGGGAACGAAUCAUGGUGUUGUUUAUUGGUUCAAUAGAAAAACUGAAGAAAUUGAAACGCUUGGAUGUCAAGAUACCAAUAGUAUUAUAACUUGUAUUCAAGUUAUAUCUACUGUAGAUUAUAUGGUAGCGGCAGGCAAUAAUCGUGGAGUAGUUACAAUUUUUCAAAUACCAAAACAACUUCCUGAUUCGUUACCCGAAACAUGGAAGCCUAAGAAGAAAAAACAGGUAGAGAGAUUUAAUAUUAGCGAGCUCCAUAAAGUGUCUGUAACGUCGGUACAAUGGUCUAAAAAUGGAAUGAAAUUAUUUAGCGGUGAUGAAAAUGGUCUAGUUGUAUUGACAAAAAUAGAUUUUCAUAUGCACUUAUCUAAGUCUACUGAAUUUUUAAAUGAGACCUAUUCCGUGGUACAAUUGAGUUAUCAAAAUGGAUUACUGUUAAUAUCAACGUUAUUUCGAACUAUCAUCGUCGAUAUAAAUCAUGAUAAUAAAAUUACGCAAGUUGGACAGAAAGAUAGAAAAUUUCUUGGAAAAUUUGGAGCAAUCUUUGCUAAAAACAAAAAUUAUAUUGACCAGCCGAUAAUUUAUGCCAGUAGACCUGGACUACGAAUUUGGCAAGCAGAUAGAAAGGGAAUCGUAUUAAAGACUUUAAUCCUAAAAGAAGCCAUUAAGGUAGACCAAGCCAAAGUGAAAUUGCUGAAUCCAGCACCGGAUAAUGCCAGAAGAAAAACUCAAGAAAAUCCAACUUUUGGUUUAGUAAUGACAUUUUCCGACGAUUUAUUAGUAACUUAUAAUAAUGAUAUAGUUUACUUUAUAAGUCCAAGUACAAACACAAUAACAUCGGUUAUAACUGAUUUACGAAAAGUAACGGACAUUGCAUGUUGUAACGAUGAAAUAUUUAUCCUCGAGGGCGAAAGAAAUAUUUUACGGAUAGCUGGUUAUCCCGAAAUAAUUCCUUUUAACGCAGCAAAAAAUCGAUUUAUGAAUCAGUUAAAAUCGAUUAGCGAAUUAAAUAAUCCAAUAACUUCAGGUCUUGAAAACUUAAGAACAAAAUGGAAAUUAACUCCCAUCAUAUCUGCUCUACCAUUUGAUAAAGUAAAAUCGAUGAACAAUGAACAGCCAAGAACUAUUUCUCCAUCUGUGACUAUUGGAGUAGAUACCACUUCGAUAAUAAAUGCGCACGAAGCGAUUGAAAUGUCGUCUACUAUUUCAACAAAAUCACAUCACCCUUUAUCAACCGAAGUUAAUCUAAUAAACAAUCAAUUUAAUAUUGAAGAUACAAAAUUCUUAAUGGAUUGCAAGGACAUAUUUCAGAAAAUUGGAGAACAAGAUUUUGAAGAAAUUGUUUUUACUCCGCAAAGAAAAAGUGAUGGAUUGAAAAAGGAAAUUGCAAAUACCGAAGCUUCGCAAAUAAAAACAAUGACGACAGAGAGUCGUGAUAUACCAAUAAAUAGUCACAAGCAUAACAUAAAUAAUGGAUUAACUGAAUCUGGAAAUUCGAUUCAACAAAUGCAAAAUAUUGACACAGACUAUGUAUUGAAAUCGGAUAAUAAUUUAGAAAGCAUUGAAAAAUCUAUUCAAGAUAGAGAAAAACUCUUAUUCAAUUAUCUAAAUUUAGAUUUAUCCAUAUAUAUUACGAAGAAUCAAAAUUGUAAUUUAAAAUCUAAUGAUUGUAGCUCCAUUGAUUUUAAUGAAGCAUAUACAAAUGAUCUCACGUGUUCUUACAAUAUUGACCAAAAUUGUGAUUCAUUAGCGUCAGAAUCUACUGUAAAAAAUACGGAUAAUUAUAAAACUGAAUUAAUUAAAUUCGAAGACUCUGAUAGCAAUAAAAAAUGUCCCGAUACGCAACAAUUAUGCGAUAAUAAAUCUGAUUUGACAUAUCAGAAAAUAUCAGAAGCUAAAUUUAAUGCCCAAUCUAAACAAUUUGUAAGAUCAAUAAUGUAUGAAGAUUCUGACGAUUGGAUCUUACUUGGUUAAUUAAUAUCAUGAAUAUUUGAUGUACCGACAUACUUUAAAUAAAAUUCUUAUUAA